CUGGCCCCACCGCCGCCGCCGCCGCGCAGCUGCAGCCCCGCUCUCGCCCGCGGCGCGCCGAGACCCCAGCCCGUGCCGGUGGCAGUGUCAGCAUAUUGCCGUGUGAGAUACAGAGGAGGACAUGUUCAAUUUCCAUGAGCUCUGGAACCCUUCCUACUGACUUCAGCAGGCCUUCACUCAGGCUUCAGCAGCUUCUUGAUGUUUGGAGAGUUCUGAGACCAGCCUUUUGGACUACUUGUAACCAGCACCUAAGGCUACAGAAACUUAUGUCUGGAAGAACCUCUUUCUGAAGGAAACAUCCAUCUCAAUAUUGCGAAAACGCUGUCCAGGCCUUACAAGGCAGGAGAGUGAUUUGUGCUUCUGCUGACACUGGUGUGUAAUCUCUGCUUCUUAUGCACUCCAGCACCCCUAUCAGUUCCUUGUUCUCCUUCACCAGCCCUGCAGUGAAAAGGCUGCUGGGCUGGAAACAAGGAGAUGAAGAGGAAAAGUGGGCAGAAAAAGCUGUUGAUUCCUUGGUGAAGAAAUUAAAGAAGAAAAAAGGUGCCAUGGAAGAACUGGAAAGGGCUCUAAGCUGCCCAGGUCAGCCCAGUAAAUGUGUCACAAUCCCACGUUCCUUGGAUGGGCGGCUGCAGGUGUCUCACCGCAAGGGGCUCCCCCAUGUCAUAUACUGCAGAGUGUGGCGCUGGCCUGAUUUACAGUCUCACCAUGAAUUGAAGCCACUGGAAUGUUGUGAGUUCCCAUUUGGCUCAAAACAGAAAGAAGUGUGCAUUAACCCCUACCACUACCGGCGGGUGGAAACUCCAGUCCUACCUCCUGUACUUGUUCCAAGACACAGCGAGUUUAACCCUCACCUCAGCCUUCUUGCCAAGUUUCGAAAUACUUCUCUGCACAGUGAGCCACUGAUGCCUCACAAUGCCACCUAUCCUGAUUCUUUCCAGCAUCCUCCAUGUACCCCUUUUCCACCAUCACCCAGCCACAUGUUCUCCCAGUCACCUAACAGCAUCAGCUACCCCAACUCACCAGGAAGCUCUUCUGGACCAGGAAGUCCGUAUCAGCUCACGGUGGAAACUCCACCCCCACCCUACCACGCAAGAGAAACUCCAGGAAGCCACAAUGGGCGGUCAAUGGAUGCAAUAGCUGAAAGCCAACUAGUACUGUCUUUGCCCAAUGGAGGUAAAUCUGCCGAUGGAGAAACCGAAAAUUUUCGGCCUGUUUGCUAUGAGGAACCACAACACUGGUGCUCAGUUGCCUACUAUGAACUCAACAACAGGGUAGGAGAGACUUUCCAGGCUUCCUCUCGAAGUAUCCUUAUAGAUGGAUUUACAGAUCCCUCAAAUAACAAAAACAGGUUCUGCCUGGGACUGCUCUCAAAUGUAAACCGCAAUUCUACCAUUGAAAACACCAGGAGACACAUAGGAAAAGGUGUUCAUCUUUAUUAUGUUGGUGGAGAAGUGUAUGCUGAAUGUGUCAGUGACAGCAGUAUUUUCGUGCAGAGCCGCAAUUGUAACUAUCAGCAUGGUUUCCACCCAGCCACUGUCUGCAAGAUCCCCAGUGGCUGCAGCCUCAAGAUCUUCAACAACCAGCUCUUUGCCCAGUUGCUUGCCCAAUCAGUCAAUCAUGGUUUUGAAGUAGUGUAUGAGCUGACGAAGAUGUGUACGAUUCGAAUGAGCUUUGUUAAAGGCUGGGGAGCAGAGUAUCAUCGCCAAGAUGUUACAAGCACGCCCUGCUGGAUUGAGAUCCACCUGCAUGGACCAUUGCAAUGGCUGGAUAAGGUUCUGACACAGAUGGGCUCACCUCAUAACCCCAUCUCUUCCGUCUCUUAAGAAUCAUCUCUAGAAUUCCCUUAGGAUGGAUGCUAUUGCAGGCAGUGGCUUAUAGGAUUUCCAGUGAACAGAAGCUUCUAUAUGUAGAUGUAUGCAGAUGUAAAUAUAUCUAUACAUAGUCUACUCUCCUAUUUUUUUUUUCAUGCUACGUUUUGUGGUUUCUAGUUAUUCUGAUGCCAGUACAAUAAGUGUAGGAAUUCAGGUAUAGCAUAUCUGUUCUCAAAAUAAGCCAAGUUCCUGCAAAAGUGUCAAGCAGUUCCUGUGAGCACCUUCAUUCCCCAACCAAGCCAGUAAACGGUGCGAAUUCUCAGCACUUUCACAUGGAUUCAGAAACCUGGCUGUUGCUGUUCCUAGUAGGUGAAAUUCACCCUUCUGCAGGCAACAAAAGUCAGAUAUUGGCACCAUUUGUAUUCAUUUUACAUCCUAACUUCAGAUCUGAGAGAGGACUUUAAGUGGUGCACAGGACUUAAGCAUAGAGAAGACUUUUCUCCAGUGAACUGAAGGAUUAAACAGCAAUUCCAGUCUGUCUCCAUACUGCAAAGCACUGUGGGACCACAGAUCCUGUGAGGAGCUGAGACCCCUGGGUUUGGCAGGAGGAGAGAGCCCUUGGGAUGCUUUUGGCUCUGGUGCCUUGUCAGAGCAUUCUGGACACAUCUGAGCAGCCCAAUACACUUAACACAGUAGUUUAUGGUACUGCUGCACUGAAAAGCAACAAGCUCUUAAGAAAAAAAAAGAAAAUUUGAAGUAUAUGCCUAGAAGUUUAAAAUCUAAUUAACUUCCAGUGCUUUUUUUGCAAAGUACGUACAUACUUACAUAUGUGUCUGGCAUGUAGACUGAAUCCUAUCCAUUAUACAGUAUUGAUGUUGUUUGUUUUGAAUUAGGACUAUCUGUAGUUAGACUACUGUGCUGAUACCAAGGGUACGUCUAAAAGGGACUUGAACUGUGAUUCAGGAAAAGGAAAUGAAGUGUGCAUUGAAGAACUGAGAAAUGAUAUCAUCAUUGAGCUCAGGACAGUCUGCAUUGGGAACGGGAAGGCCCAUGCUCACAAGAUACAGUGAGGAGGAGGUGAGAGGCAGCCAGGCUGUGCCCUGCUCUGUGCCAGUCCUCGAUCUGACUGCAGUGCCCCUGGUUUGGCAGAGGGGCUCCUGGCAUUUUGUUAAUACCAUGGAUGGUUUCUCAUCUUGGAUAGAGGCUUCAGCAUUCAUGGUGUUGUGGCCUUGCCUGCACAGGAUGGUGAGGCAGCAUAAGCCAUAAGCAAGAGAAGAGUGUGUCUAUGUGUAAAGCUUUAACAGUUCCUUGUCUGUGGACCCGUAAGCAGGAGGAAUUAUGGUCCAUACUGACAUCCCCAGAGCCAGCCUUUCCAAGUGCUGUUCUUAUCUGGUGAGCCAUGGGAAACAGUGCUGCAUUUUGAUGAUCCCCUUUACCUUGCUGAAAGGGUAAAGGAUUAUUUCCCUGCCAGCAUAACAGGCCCUUGAAAACUGCUUUGCGUUGAAGGUCAACAAGAAUGGUAACUUCUCAAAUCUCACACACUAGAAUUACACUGAGAAAAAUAUGUUCUACAUAAUAUUUCUUUCCUUCUCACACAGUAUCUGGUGCUACACAAUUUACUGCUUAAUUACAAGAGAAUGCGUGAAAUCUUCAGGUACAUUACAUAGGCAAACCAAGUAAUAUUCACUGGAAAUACUUUCUGUGUCUUUUAGAUGCUAUAUAAUGCCUGCUAUGAGGUGGCAGUUCUGAACAGAGCAGAAGAAUGCAUAAAACAGAGGAGUUACUUCCUUUAAGCACACCAUCAACUGCCUCCAGCAUUGGCAGGGCACAGGAGGACAGAUGGUUGUUAAGUUCAAGCAGAAUUGCAGGUUUAUAGGAAGUUCAUACAUAUGAAGAACUGUAUUCUGUCACCAUUUGCCAUUAACAUCAUUAGUGUGGAGUAGGAAAAGCAUGACCUGUGGCAGUGAUUCCAGUACAAAGGUCCCACCCAAAUUCUGGACGUGCCAUUUACUGCUUAGCAGACUGAAGAAAGAUGGGUUUGGAAACAGACCUUCUCAGCUCCCUUGCUCUCCAGUGUCACUAUAUUUAGCUGUCGGUACCAUUGUUUUCAGGGUGUCCAUUGUGCCCUUUCCCCAGUUGUGCUUUCCAUAUUGCUAAUCCCUUUAUUUAGCAGCUAAGGACAGAGAAAUCAGCUCCCCUGCCCAGGAUCUAGCACUGCUCUUUGUCCUAAAUUCUUCUUUGCCUCUUAAGCUGAAACCUGCUCCCUUUCUCACACAAAGAGAAGCCUAGGUGCUGCCGUUGGACAUCGCCAGCAUUGUCUUUUCUCUCCCAGAGAGCAAAGGUGGCUGUGCUAAAGGUGCACUGCUCUUGGGCAGCUCCAGAACCCAGUUUCCUGCUGAUGCUGCAGAGGAAGAAAUGCAGACAGUGAAGAGAAGCGUUCUUUCUGAGGCAUCAUUCAUCUCAUCAUGAGGUCUUUCAGGUGGAUCAGAUACACUGCACCCUGAGCAUUCUUCUGCCUGCCAGCUGUGUGUAAAGGGAACACAUGGUCAGAGACGGACUGCUGCACUGGGUGCAUCCAAAAGGAGGUGAGGUGAGCCCGUGGGGAGGUGGCCUUACAGCCUGGUAAUGAUGCCUCCUCAGUGAGUGUCUUUGCUUUUUAAAUGCAAGUUGGUAAAUUCAGAACAGCUUUUCCUUUCCUGUAUUUCUGUUCUUGCAGCAGUCCUCACACAGGUAGCCCUUUGGCCUCUAUGCAGUCCAUGUGUGCAUCUUAUUAAAGGCUGUCACCUUCAUGUGCCCUUCCUCCUAAAGGAAAGAAGCAGGCAUUUCUGGAGUGCACUUCUUCUCACCUACUUAAAUGCCUACAGUAAGAUGAGACAAAUCAUUUAACUAUUUGCUGAAAGACCCUCAGAGUCUUCUCUAGUAUGCGAAUUAAAAAUUAAAAAUUCAGGUUUCUGAUAAUUUACAGCAAGGUACCUUUGUAUUUCACUGUAAUGCCUCCCCAUUUUGGAAGGAGAUCUUUUGUGCUCCAAGAUCCUCAUGAACCCUUCACCCUGUGUAUUCAAUUUAUAGCCUUUAAAGGCAUUCAUUAAUACCCAAGCUUUUCACAUGGACUUCCUGAGGGAUUUAAAACCACUUACAGGGAGACUGCUUAGCUGAAGGCAGAUUUUUUUAAAUGUCUUUUGAGUCAUCAACGUCAAACCCCAUUGAAGGUUUCUGUGGAGAAGUACUAUGCAUCAGCAGGCAGCGAUGGGAGUUUGGUCAGGCUGUGGCAUAAAGAACAUCCAUCAUGGUACUCAGACCUCUUGUUUUCUUAUUAAGUAGUUGAGAAGAGACUGCCUAAUUGCUGCCAGUUCAUCUGCAGCACCAGUGUUAAUGUGCCGUUCACAUCCAGAGGGGACUGACGCAGGUCUUAUGCUGCCUGAAGCCAUUCCAAUGGCACUGCUGCUCUCCUUGUGCCCAAGAGUUGCACUGCAACAGACAAUCAAUACGAUGGCUGGAGCACUCAGAAGCGCAGCACGGGCUUUGCCUCCCCUCAGGUCCCUCCAUACAGAGAACUCAGCCAGCAAGCACCGUGUUAAGCCUUCCCACAGCCUGAGCAGCCUCCUUGGAGAGGUCUCUGCCUUGAGCAGGGUGUCAGAGUGGGUGUCCCAGAGAUCCCUUCUGGUUUACAUCGUUCUGUGGCUCUGUGCAGACGUUCAGUGGUAACUGGUUGUCACAGGCAGGAGUUCUCUGUUAGUGGAGACAGUGUCAGGAUGAAGCAUGUUUAUUUACCCUCAGCUAUUUCUGCAUGAGUUCAGUGCAGGACAGAGUUGUUAGAUAUUAAUGUUUCAUGAGUAUAAAACCAGCACUGGAUACAUCUCUCAUUGUAAACAUCAUCCCAUCACAUAGCUCUUAAAAUGGAGCAAAUCAGGCAUUUGUGACUACAGCUUUGUCUAAUCCUUCAUCCUUGCUUCUGGCACGCAUCCCUGGCUGAUAAGUGCUGCAAGUCAAAGUCUCAGCAGUACUGCACAAACCACUGGAUAUGCAGAGGCUGCUCAGGCAGACAUGUCAGCUCCUUGGUUGGAUGCAAACUAUCAAGGAACUUGAUAGGCCUUAGUAGACUUUGAAGGGGUCUCAAGUACAUGGCUCUUUAUCGACUUCUCUGGUGCUGAAAGCCUGAGUGGGCAUUUAGUCUUUGCUCAGUGGAGAGAAAUUGCUCAGUGUCUCUCUAGUAUUGCACAUAAUAUGCACCAGCAUAAGAUGCAGCCUUUAGUUUGUGACCAUCACCUACUCACGGGAGCUCCAAGAGCGGCCAGGAGUGACCAGAAUCCUGUUGCCUGUUUCACCUCAGCUUGCUCAGGUAUGCUUCAUGCUGCAUCACCAUGCCGGUGCCACACUUACCUGCUAGGGAAGUAAGGCAUAAGUCCAACCAAGAGCACACCUCCACUUGCACCAGAGCUGGUGCUUGUACAGUUUGGUCUCACAGUUGGUGACCUUGCCCAUGGCAGACUGAAACCAGAUGAUCUUUGAGGUCCUUUUCAACCCAGGCCAUUCUAUGAUUCUAUGACAGGUAAUGAGGCAGGUCAUGUCUCUUCUGAAAGACAAACAUAACCACUAUGUCCUCCAGUCAACUACUCUUCCAGUAUAGCCAAUGUGAACAUUUGCAGCUAAUUGUGAACAGUUUUUAGAUCUUCAGUUAUAGUGUUUUUAUUAUCCAUGAAUGCUGCUAUUUUAUAGUCCGUGUUAAUCUUCAAAUAAUAUUGCAUAUGAAUAGCAUAGAAAGAAAUAGACCAACCAGUUAGUCAUUUUAAAUACAGACCUCAUCAGCAAAGAAAGGCUAGAAGAAAAAUUGGUAGUCUGACCCAUUGCACUUCCACUGUAGCAAGCACAUCAUCUGUUUCAAAGUGAUCAUUUGAUGCUGAGGUGUGUUACAUCUUACUGAUUCACAGUUAUGUCCAAGAGAUGCUUUGCAAACAAGAGAGCAAGAGAACAAACAUAAUGGCAAGCAGAGAGAAGGCGCCUCUAGAUAUUUUUUUUUACUUAUUCAAGCAAUUGGAAUUCAAUUUUUGAUUAUUUAUAAUACUUUAUAAGUACAAGCUAAGCGUAUCACAGCAUGUUUCUUCAGACAAUUCAGUGUUAGCAGUUUAAUCUGUCAUUUCAGAAUCACCUCUGUGAUUUAAGUUGUGCUGAGAAGUUAGACAAGAAAGCGAAAAAACAGGCCUUGGUAUGGAUUGAUGGAGCCAUAAUCCUGCAGGGAUGUAUGCAGCCAAGGGGUUGUAAUGGUGGAUUUGAGUGAAGUGUGGGGUUUUUUGUGUGAAGUACUAGCUAUCACAGCCUGGUGCAGAAAAGAACUGUGAAAUACAUAAAGAUUUAAUGGUACCACUUCUAUUCUGCCCUCUCUCUUUUCCAUCACAGUCGAGGCAAAACUUCACCACCUAGAAGAAAGUAAGUAGCAUUCACAGUUAGUGAGAUUCUGUAAGAACACAGUGGAUCACUGUGUAAAUAAAGCUACUUGGACUCUUGCCUCUUGUGAACAAAAUAUCUCAGAGACGUGCUUAGUUUCAGGAGCCCAAGGCAUUGGGGCAGCUCAGUGUCCUCUAUCAGCCCCAUGCCCUGACACACAAAUACCACCACUGCUAAUCAAGUGGAUGUUUCCAGCAUCCCUCCUGUUGCGUUUGAUUUGAGGCAUCCUGAAGUCAACGUAUUUAGCCUGAUGUUUGAACAGCACACUUCUCAACACACUCCAUUUUCUUUGGCUGGAACUAUUCUAUUGUAAAAGGGAUUAUUCACGUCUUGUGUUUUACUGUUAAUAAAGUUAUUUCUGAUUUAAGAACUCUGUCUUGUUCCUUCCUAUUUUCUUAUUUGAAAGCAAUUGGCUCUGGAAACCUGUAGUCCCCACCUGACAACCAGUGACUUUGGAAACUGAAGCUUUUAGGAAGCCUUUAUUCAUACAAGACUUAUGGAUCUUGAGGAAAAGGAUCAAUGGGAUGCCCCAGCAAAAUGGGAUGCUAAUACAUAAAUGGACUGAAAAUUUUAAUGACAUAAAAUCUGCCUGGUAUAAAGUACAUGCAUCCCUCAUUAGCUCUGCUGUGGUAGAUUUGAAGAUUCAGGAGGGUGGUCCAGCUUAUUUUGAGAAGAGGCGACCUGAUCAGACAGAUUUGCAGUUGUGCAGGUUGAAGGAAAAAUGUAGGCAAAUGUUCUUUGCUAUACAAGUCAGGUUUUAAUUUUCCUAAAAUUCAUUAUUUAUGUCCUACAAUAGCAGAAACAUGAACAGAAAAUGGUCUCGAAAUUGUGUUGACACUGCUGGGUCACACACCUCCUGAAAAUCCCAUCUGACACUGCCCAAAGGGGACAGCCCAGCUACCAGCACAUUUGAUGUCUACACCAGCUUGCAAGGCACUGGUAUCACAGACCAUUAGAAACACAGGAUUGCUGAGAUGCACAUCUCUCUUCAGCAAGUUGCAUUUAUUUUGAGAUAACUACCUUAUUAAACACUGUCUGUUCUAACGCACACACAGAAUGGCCAGGGUUGGAACGGACCUCAAAGAUCAUGAAGCUCCAACCUUCCUGCCACCUGCAGGGCCACCAACCUCCACGUUUAAUGCUAGACCAGGCUGCACAAGGCCCCAUCCAAGCUGGCCUUGAACACCUCCAGGGAUAGGGCAUCCACAACCUCUGUGGGCAGCCUGUUCCAGCACCUCACCACUCUCUCUGUAAAGAACUUCCCUCUGACAUCCAACCUAAAUCUUCCCUCCCUCAACUUAAAGCCAUUUCCCUUUGUUCUGCCAUUACCCACGCUUUCAAAGAGUUGAAUAUCAUCCUGUGCCCCUUUUCUACCCUCUCCCACCAUUUAAGCAAGCACACCAGCUUCAAGAUAGCCAUGCUCACACUUGGGUAAGUGCUAUGUGAAAGCUGGUAAAUGCAUUAUCUUUUCGAGUGUGUGUGUGUGUCCAUCUGUCUGUUAUGAGUGUUGUAUCUCAGCUAUGGGCUGAACAUGAGGACAAAAACUAUUACUAGGUUCUUACCUGCCAGGCUGCAGCAGGACAGGCCAUGCCCCAAGGCAUACUGAAUUCAGCUACCAUGUAGGUAAUGUAAGCCUGCCAUAAAACUAGGAACUGCAAAUGUCCACGGCCCGCAGUGCCUCUGCCCCUGCCCGAACAAAAUAUUAAGGGGGAAAACAGAAGUGUAAGCACUUUGUUAGACCUCAUUUGGCUUGAGAGGGGAUGUGAUAAACGUUUAUUAAUAUCUAAAAGGAGGUGGGAGGCUAAUUAAUGAUGCAUGUUCUUCAUGGUGUGUAUCGAUAGGCUAAGGAGUAACAGCCUAAGACUUGAACAUUGGAAGAUCUGCAUUAACAUGCAGAAGAACUUCUUUAUGUUAAAGGUGACAGAGCACUGGAACAGGUUGUUCAGGGAGGUUGUGGACUCUCCUAUGGAGAGAGUCAAGACCUGCCUGGGCAACCACCUGUGUGACCUAUUGCAGGGUACCUGCUUUGGCAGGGGGUUGAACUCGAUGAUCUCUUAGGUCCCUUCCAAUUCGGCUGCAAUUCUGUGAGAAGAACAGAUAUAAGGUAUCAUUGCACUCAACAAAAUGUGUUUAGUUGGUUUUCAGAAAGAUACCAAAGUUGGGUGAAAGUGGAGAAGCCAACAUUUGAACUGCUUGUUUCAGUGGUAUAUGAUUAACAAAAGCUUGUCCAGACAUGGCUGUUUCAACCAGAUUUACUGCCACCUUCAUUUAUAACUUACCUUGGAUCUGAAACCUACUAAAAUCAAAUUGAACAGUGCACAUCUACGCUAUACUAAAUAACUGCACUACACCAGAUAAAAGGUAGCUGGGCUCUACAAGCAUUUGCAAAAUAGGCCUACACAGCUUACUAUUGUUAAGACAUUCAGGCACUGCAUUACGUUCUGAUUUUCAGAUGCAUGUGCACUUCAAAGUUUAAGGAAGGCACGUGAAAAUUUUUUCCAUGAGAAACUGACAUAAGUAAUUGCUGUGAAAUCAACAUCAGAUAUCUCAUCUACAGUUAUCAAAACAAAACAAUCAUCUAAAAACAAAUUUCAUCCUAGAAAGCUACUUGUCCCUAUAGUAGUAUAGACUCAGCUUUCCUUUUGUGGUUGUUUUCCACUUCACACUUCUGUUCCCAGUGAAAACACAGGUCCACUGCUCAGUGGGCAGUACACCUACAGGCAAAGGAUGUAGAAGAGGCUGAAAUACUUACUUGGUUCUUCUUGUCUCUUGGUUUUUCCUGGUAAAGCUUGUCCUCUACACUCCUUGGUCUGCAAGCCCCACAGCAGUGUAUGUGAAGCAGAAUCCAUAAGAGAAAACAGUCUAGGAAUGCUUAUACUAUUCAAGACAUGCACAAAUCCAUGAGACCAGAUGAGAUGCCACCAAGGAUGCUGCAGGAGCUGGCCAGUAUCACUGCAUGGCCUCACUCUUAUCAUUUCAGAAAGGUCACAGUGAUCGGGGGAGGUUUGUUACCGUAAGACAAAGGAAGAUUACACUCAUCUUCAAGAAGGGAAAGAAGAAUCCAGGAAACUACAAGCUGCUGUCUCACAUCAUUUCCUGAAAAGGGCAGAUUCUUCUCAAAGCUAUUUCCAAGCCCAUAUGUGACAGGACUGUGAGUGAACAGCAAUUAUACACAGGUAAAUGACAGCAGACCAGCUGUCUGCCAUCCACAAUGCAACACCUCACUCUGCAAGCAAGAGAGGGAACAAACAGUGUGCAUCUUAACUUCUGCAAGGUCUUUGAAAUGACACCCCAUAAUAAUCUAGUCAAACUGCUUAUAUAUGGACUGGAUAAGUGGUGCUAAACUGAGUAGUGAUAUGAGUGACAUGUCCACGUGUGGUUUUAAAAAGCUCUGAAGGUGCUUGAACACCAUUGACAGAAGCUGCAAAAAUUCCUGGAGGUGUUCAAAACCCAAGUGGGUGAGGAGGCCACUCCAGGUCCAACUUACCUAAUUCUACUAUAGGUUUUAAAGUGGCUUAUACCUUUCAUUCCCAAAGAUCCCAUGUUUGACAAACUUAUAAAUAUGCAAAAAUGAGAAAAAACCCACAACCUAAACUACAUCUUAAAUGGCCCUCCUUAUUAGAUUAUUAAUACUGGGUUGGUUUAGAUGCAAGAAGAAUGCUCCUUUCUUCAGAAAAAGGCUUCUACUGGUGGUACAGCACAUCUUCCUAUCUGCAGAGGCAAGCAUAUUACAUAAAACAGAGGGUGUUUUUCUCAUUCUGUUAGUGAAAAGGAAACUUGAGCACUUUUUUCCAAGUAUUAGUUCCUAAGAAAUGCAGAGAAAAGCGUAGAAGAAAGUAAAAAAAUCCACGAUUAAAAAGAAUACAGAUACAAUUGCAAUGAAAAAAAAAGUCACAAGUAAGGACUCCAACUACUACAAGACUAUAUGCAGCAAUAUUUUUAAAGUUGAAAGUGUGGUGCCUCCAAAAAUAUAAUAUAUAUGGUACAAUGAAUGUAACAUAAUGAAGAAUUAAUUGGUUUUGAAUAGAGGCAGGGGGACACCACCAGCUAAAAUUUCUGAAAUCAUUUCAUUACAAUCACUCUUGUUCAUCCAGUAAAAGCAAAUGCUCUUAGAGCACCUUUUACAUCAUAUCUUUCUUGAGAAAUAAUUGAAACAAAUUCCUUGAGAAUUUAAUAAUGGCAAAUAAUGUGAUAAAACCAGAAAUGGGAGAGCAGCAGAGGAAAAAUAACUAUCAGUGAAACUGGCAGAGGCCAAGUUGGGUACCUGGGACUACUUCAUUUUUCAGAAGCGUCCAGACAGAGCUGUUGGCCUAAAGGCUUUCCUAAGAUGACCAUCUAAAACAACACAACAAGUGCUUCCUUGUAAUGGGCUGAAAUUAUACAUUUUCACAAACAUGCUAAAA